CUACAGCAGGAAUUUUAUCAGAGAAGAAAGCUGGAAGAAAACAUGGCCGCUGUCAGAUGCUGACUUGUUUUUUGGUGACUUUCAGCAUCAUUUUGGUGUUGGGAAUCAUAGCAACUGUUUACUUUUUUUCUUUUCAUGACAUGAAGAUAAACCAGCUAAGAGCAAACAAGGCAGAAAACAAGAACUUAACGGCCCUCAACAACAAACUCAGAUCAGAAAACCAAAACUUAACGUACCAGAAUGACAACCUGACCCACGUCUACAAUGACUUAGAAACCAGAAUCAGAAAUCUGACCGUGGAACAAGAACAGCUAAAAAAUAAAACCCAGGAUCUGAAGAGACAAACCGAUGAGCUGGAAGGACGGCAGAACGACCUGAAGGAACAAAUAGAAAACCUGAAGAAAACUCAGAAUGAGCUUAAUGUCAGUCUAGCUCAAUGGAGCAUUGAUUCCUAUUGUCCUAAAGCAAUAAAUGGGAGAAAAUGUGAGCCUUGUCAAAAAGACUGGAGUACCUUAAAAACCAGCUGCUAUGCAUAUAAUAACGCAAAGGUUGAAAAUCAGAGAAACUGGGAUGGAGCACGAGAAGACUGUAGAGGAAAGGGUUCAGAUCUGACUGCUGCAACAAACCAAGAGGAAAAGAAAAAAAAACUUUUCUUGUUGAGAAUCAGGAAAGUGAACUGUACCUCCUUGAAUAACAGAAUGGACAGAAAAGCUCAAAGUCUGCACGGUGCAUCUGAGAACCCAAAUCUUUAUUUGUCUGGAGAGGAAACUGCAGAAUCGGACUAUCCUCAAGUAGCAGCAGGUGCUCAGAUGAACAUGAGCGCUACCCCAGGUCACAAGUUUCAGGCUUUCCCAGUAGCAGUUUAUUGGCUGAUUCUGUUGGUAGUUAUCCCGCUGCAUGUCUACAUUCACAGUAAUCUAAUGAGAGAACUUCAUCAAGUGAAAAAACAAAACCAUGAGUCUGAGGGAGAGAAAGAAACCCUGAAAGAACAAAUAGAAAAGCUGAAGGAAACUCAGAAUGAGCUUAAUGUCAGCAGAGCUCAGUGGAGCAUUGAUGAAUACUGUCCUAAAAGAACAAAUGGUAAGAAUAGAUCUCCUGAUAUCUAA